AUUACAUACAAUUUACACAAUAGCUCUCAACCUUUUGCUGCAAGGUCAAAAAUACCUAAAGUAGUCAACCUCAUAGUUAGAUUAACUUUAUUUGCAGGUCAAGUUUUAUAAAUGUGAUUGUACACUAUUAGGGCAUUUGUCUUUGUCUUACCUUGUGCUGAUUAGUGCUGACUUUGAAUGAGAACGCUCUCUCUCUGUCUCUUUUAUUCUUUUGUCCCAAGUUCGGAAGGAAAGUGAGUUUUUUGCAUGGGCAGGUUGUAAUGAUGUUUAUAGCUUGGCACAAGCAGACAUUGUUGGUUGAUAGGUGCUAACAGCUGUAUAACUGCUAAUGGUCUUUAGCUUUUAGUUAACUAAUUAACUAGGUACGAAAUCCGGGCUGUUUGUAAGAUUUUUCUGCUUGCACACACAAGCUUCUAUUCUCUAUUGAUGCCAGGCCUUUGUAUAGAAUUUGCAGGAUAGUGUGUAAUGGCGAAGCUGUUUAUGUUUGGUCUCAAAGAAUGUGCAGGUAUACAUGUGUACUGCAUUUAUGUUGUGAUUCUUGGACAUGGCUUUAGUGAAGCCCAAACUGGGACUGAAGGCAUUCAACCGACAGGUGUUCCAACUUCUGGUGAAUGCUUUAGUGGUACCAAUCCUACGAUUACUCUUACGGGCCCGAAAGGAUACAAGGGCGAUCAAGGAGAGCCUGGAGUGAAAGGUCAUCCAGGCCCAGCUGGACUACAGGGACUGAGAGGCUUCAAGGGUGAACAAGGAGAACUUGGCGAUGAAGGUCCUCCAGGUGCACCUGGCUCUAAAGGGAAUACAGGGGGCUUGGGGGCUCCUGGCCCCAGGGGUCGACGGGGAUUUCACGGGGAAUCUGGCCACAGAGGAAGACCUGGUCUAAUAGGACUACCAGGCGAGAAUGGACUACCAGGGUGUCAAGGAAGCAAGGGAGGCAAGGGAGACAAGGGUGUGAAAGGAGAACUCGGCAUGAAUGGCAUCAAGGGUGAGAAGGGAGUGGAAGGGAUGUCAAUAAUUGGUGACAAAGGUGAUAAGGGCGGAAAAGGCCCCAGAGGCAACAAGGGAGAAAAAGGCCUUGUUGGUGAGACAGGACAAAAAGGAAGGAAAGGAGAGAAGGGUUUUGGUGACAUUGGUCCGAUUGGCCCUAGAGGUAGAAAGGGCAACAAGGGAGAAACAGGCUUGGUUGGCUUGCGAGGACCAAAAGGAGAGCCUGGUGAAGAUGGAGACAUUGGACCAAUUGGAUUAAAAGGUGAUAUUGGUCCUAAAGGCAACAACGGCAGUAUUGGCAAUUCUGGGCCUAAAGGUGACGAAGGUGAUAAAGGGGAUGUUGGCAAUUCUGGACGUAAAGGUGACAAAGGAGAAAACGGAAAUGCUGGUGAGAAAGGAAAUGAAGGAACUAUGGGACCUAUGGGUGACAAGGGAGAAAUCGGAACUGGUGAGAAAGGAGACAAAGGGACAGGAGAUGUUGGACCUAAAGGAGGCAAAGGGAGUGUUGGUGCUCUUGGGCCUAAAGGAGACAAAGAAUCAAGUCCAGUCAAGUCAUUGAUGUUGAACAUCGUUUACAAGAGAAUUGGAUUUGAAGAGACGAUAGUGAAGGCCUGGAUGUCCAGUUUAUACACUCACUCUGACAAACAAUGA